CGGCCCGAGCGCCCCCCGGCGGCCACAGGCUCAGCCUCGCAGACCCCACUCCUGGCUCGCACCUCGCUCUGGUCAGCUCUUCCUGCUCUUCCUCUCCGGCUGUAUUUGAUCCUCUGACUGUUGGUGCUGCCGGGUGUGCUGGCAUCUCCGGCUCUGCCAGGCUUGCGUCUCUGCCAUCUCCUCUCGGAUCGCUCCCGCUCAUCCCCUCCUUUGCCCCCUCCCUCCCGGCAGCCUCCCUCCCCUCAACCUCCCUCCCAGGCUUACUCUCACCGGAGCCGGGAGGCUCCACACCCAGCCCUCCAAGUGGGAGCAGCUCCGGGUGAGUGGGCUGAAGCCGAGCUGAAAACUUAACGAGCGCAGGUCGGGUAGGUGCUGCAGGAGUUUCGCCACCCGCCAGGAGGUCGGAAGCAGCAUGGCCCUGAGAAGCGCCUUCCCUGCCGCUGCGCUCCGGCUCUGGAGCAUCCUCCAGUGCCUGCUGGUGCUGAGGGCGGAGGCCGGGCAGCCGCGGGAGGAGAGCCUAUACCUGUGGAUCGAUGCUCACCAGGCAAGAGUGCUCAUAGGAUUUGAAGAAGAUAUCCUGAUUGUUUCCGAGGGCAAAAUGGCCCCCUUUACACAUGAUUUCAGAAAAGCACAACAGAGAAUGCCAGCGAUUCCUGUCAAUAUCCAUUCCAUGAAUUUUACCUGGCAAGCUGCAGGGCAGGCAGAAUACUUCUAUGAAUUCCUGUCCUUACGUUCCCUGGACAAAGGCAUCAUGGCAGAUCCAACUGUCAAUGUCCCUCUGCUGGGAACAGUGCCUCACAAGGCAUCAGUCGUUCAAGUUGGUUUCCCAUGUCUUGGGAAACAAGAUGGGGUGGCAGCAUUUGAAGUGAAUGUGAUUGUAAUGAAUUCUGAAGGCAACACCAUCCUCCAGACACCUCAAAAUGCUAUCUUCUUUAAAACAUGUCAGCAAGCUGAGUGCCCAGGAGGGUGUCGAAACGGAGGCUUUUGUAAUGAAAGAAGAAUCUGCGAGUGUCCUGAUGGAUUCUACGGGCCUCACUGUGAGAAGGCCCUUUGCACACCACGAUGCAUGAAUGGUGGACUUUGUGUUACUCCUGGUUUCUGCAUCUGUCCACCUGGAUUCUAUGGAGUCAAUUGUGAUAAAGCAAACUGCUCAACCACCUGUUUUAAUGGAGGGACCUGUUUCUACCCUGGAAAAUGCAUUUGCCCCCCAGGUCUAGAAGGGGAGCAGUGUGAAAGAAGCAAAUGCCCGCAACCCUGUAGAAAUGGAGGUAAAUGCAUUGGUAGAAGCAAAUGUAAGUGCUCCAAAGGUUAUCAAGGAGACCUCUGUUCUAAGCCUGUCUGUGAGCCUGGCUGUGGUGCACACGGGACCUGCCAUGAACCCAACAAAUGCCAAUGUCAAGAAGGUUGGCAUGGAAGACACUGCAAUAAAAGGUACAGAGCCAGCCUCAUGCAUGCCCUGAGGCCAGCAGGCGCCGGUCUCAGGCAGCACACGCCUUCACUUAAAAAGGCUGGGGAGCUGCAGGAUCCACCUGAAUCCAAUUACAUCUGGUGAACUCCGACAUCUGAAACGUUUUAAGUUACACCAAGUUCAUAGCCUUUGUUAACCUUUCAUGUGUUGAAUGUUCAAAUAAUGUUCAUUACACUUAAGAAUACUGGCCUGAAUUUUAUUAGCUUCAUUAUAAAUCACUGAGCUGAUAUUUACUCUUCCUUUUAAGUUUCCUAAGUAUGUCUGUAGCAUGAUGGUAUAGAUUUUCUUCUUUCAGUCCUUUGGGACAGAUUUUAUAUUAUGUCUGUUGAUCAGGUUAAAAUUGUGUCUUUUCGGUGUAUAGUUGGCAGAUAUUUGCAAAAUUACAGUGCAUUCAUGGUGUUGAGGGACUGGGUCACAUUAGAGAGGUUAAAUUGGGCAAAAAUGCAUAAAUCACAAGGAUUUAGAUGAAGCAGUUCAUAGUGUUGAAGUUACAGCAUUUCAAAUUUUAUUGUCACAUAUUUAGACGUUUGUCACAUUUUUUAACUGCUCUUAUUUGUUUGCUCUCAUACGAUACAUUUUAACUUUACCAUUACUUCAGAGAGUUCAGUAUUGAAAAAAGAAAAACCAAAAAUUUACACUGUGGUAGUGGCAUUUAAACAAUAUAAUAUAUUGUAAACACAACGAGAUAGGGGAUAUAAUGUAUGAAGUCUUUGCAUUGGCUCGAAGCAACAUAAUAUAUUGUAAACAAAACACUGCUCUUACAUAAUAAACGUUUUAUACUGUUUGUAUGUAUAAAAUAAAGGUGCUGCUUUAGUUUUCUGA